AUGUCCUCCGAGCCUCCCACGAUCCGCGAGCCAGACCAGGAUGUAGAUUUUGACGGCAUGGACGGCGACUCUCUGCUGAGACAGCCCAAAUUCCAAGAGAGUCUGAAGUUCUUAGAAGAUGUGAAAACUCAGGAAGAAGCCGACAGGAACAUUGCGGAGAUCCAUGCCAAAGUCACAAUCCUAUUUCACGGACAUCAGGAUCUGCUGGACAGAUUUGAGAGUACACUUCCGGCCGAAUAUUUUCACCAAAGGGCUAGAUCUGAGGGUCAGAUGUAA